GAUGUGAGUUGGGCAAAUGAGAACCAACCAGAGACAGAGAAGGAGAAGGUAGAGUGAGAGCAAGGCCGCAACUGAUUUCCAAUGGAUAACGAGAUCAUCAAAAACCAACCACAAAAUCACCAGAAUAAAUAAAUAAAUAAAUAUUCCUCUAACUACCACAACUCCAUUUCUCUGCUCAACACAACAAGAUGGCCAUGGCAAUGGCGCUUCGCAGGCUCUCCUCUUCAAUCGAUAAGCCCAUUCGCCCUCUCUUCAAUGCCUCCUCCCUCUAUUACAUGUCUUCGUUGCCUAAUGAAGCUGUGUACGAGAAGGAGAAGUCUCAUGUCCCUUGGCCGAAGCAGCUCAAUGCACCGCUGGAGGCCGUGGACCCUGAGAUUGCUGACAUUAUUGAGCUCGAGAAAGCACGCCAAUGGAAGGGGCUUGAACUCAUACCCUCAGAGAACUUCACUUCUGUUUCAGUGAUGCAAGCUGUUGGAUCAAUCAUGACCAACAAGUAUAGUGAAGGAUAUCCUGGUGCUAGAUACUAUGGAGGAAAUGAGUAUAUUGACAUGGCGGAAUCCUUAUGCCAGAAGCGUGCAUUGGAAGCAUUUCGGUUGGAUCCUGCAAAAUGGGGAGUCAAUGUGCAGUCUCUAUCUGGGUCUCCUGCCAAUUUUCAAGUCUACACUGCAUUGUUAAAACCUCAUGAAAGAAUCAUGGCACUUGAUCUUCCUCAUGGCGGGCAUCUUUCUCAUGGCUAUCAGACAGAUACCAAAAAGAUAUCUGCAGUGUCAAUAUUUUUUGAGACAAUGCCAUACCGAUUGAAUGAGAGCACUGGCUAUAUUGACUAUGACCAGCUGGAGAAAAGUGCCACUCUUUUCAGACCAAAGUUAAUAGUUGCUGGUGCUAGUGCUUAUGCUCGUUUGUACGAUUAUGCACGUAUUCGCAAGGUUUGCGACAAACAAAAAGCCAUACUGUUGGCAGAUAUGGCACAUAUUAGUGGAUUGGUUGCUGGUGGUGUCAUACCAUCACCUUUUGAGUAUGCAGAUAUUGUGACCACCACGACUCACAAGUCACUUCGUGGGCCACGUGGAGCCAUGAUUUUCUUCAGGAAGGGCGUGAAAGAAGUUAACAAACAAGGCAAAGAGGUGUUGUAUGACUAUGAAGACAAAAUCAAUCAAGCUGUCUUUCCUGGACUUCAAGGUGGCCCCCACAACCACACAAUUGCUGGUUUAGCAGUUGCACUGAAACAGGCUACUACCCCAGAGUACAAAGCUUAUCAAGAACAAGUUCUUAGUAAUUGCUCAAAAUUCGCUCAGACAUUAGUUGAGAAGGGAUAUGCACUUGUUUCUGGUGGAACUGAGAACCAUUUAGUUUUGGUGAAUUUGAAGAACAAGGGUAUUGAUGGCUCCAGAGUUGAAAAGGUGAUGGAAGCUGUUCACAUUGCAGCAAACAAAAACACUGUUCCAGGAGAUGUAUCUGCCAUGGUUCCUGGUGGCAUAAGGAUGGGAACCCCUGCUCUUACAUCUAGAGGAUUUGUUGAGGAGGAUUUUGCUAAGGUAGCAGAAUUCUUUGAUGCUGCUGUGAAGUUGGCAGUGAAGAUCAAGGGUCAAACCAAAGGGACAAAGUUGAAGGACUUCGCGGCUACAAUUCCUCACUUCCAAUCUGAGAUUGCAAAACUGCGCCAUGAUGUUGAAGAGUAUGCUAAGCAAUUCCCAACUAUUGGGUUUGAGAAAGAAACCAUGAAAUACAAGAACUGAGCAAGAAAUCCCAACUGCUUAAGCAGGUUUAGCAAAUUUCAAGCGAGUUUUUCUACUUACUGGAGGUGGAGAGGUGGCAUUAACUUAUCGAUCAAUUAUCAAGGUUGUGAAUUUAGGGCUUUUUAUCCAUAGAAAUCUUGCAAACCUUGAUCCAUGCCUGUUUAAAAUGUAUAUAUAUACGCAUCAACUGAAGUCUAGUAAAGAGAUGAACUUGCUCAUUCUAAAUGUGAUCACAUACUUUUGCUAA